CAGUGGACAGUGUUCGACCGGUCCGAGGACGGGCAAAUCUGUGAUAAUUACAUUACUAUUAUUAUUUUAAUAAUAAAAGAAUAAUUUCGAUAUAAAAAUGGCCGUGAAUUUCGUGUUUCUCACCGCCGCAGCAUCCUGCAUGUUGUUUGCCUUCGCUUAUGAUCAACAAGCUCAAAUCCAGCUCGACAGAACGUGUUUGGGCUGCAUAUGCGAAGCCUCCUCCGGAUGUAACCAGUCUCUGGCUUGCGAUGGUGACGUUUGCGGGCCAUUUCGCAUCACCUGGGGAUAUUGGUCCGAUGGUGGAAAGCCUACGCUUAACGACGAACCUAAUUCCGAUCCUGGUGCUUACGCCCGGUGCGUCAAUGAACCGUUUUGCGCAGCCCGUGCCGUCCAAGGAUACAUGAACAAAUUCGGACAGGAUUGUAACGGCGACAAAGUGGUUGACUGCAAGGACUUUGCCCGUAUUCAUCGUCUUGGAGGAUAUGGAUGUGGUGGGCCAUUGGAACCCAAAUAUGAAAGCGCUUUCCUAACUUGCUACCAAACUUUUGGAUAGAUUAAACUUGGGCUACACAUUAUUCAACCUGGAGAACUGAUAUCUGAUAAUUGUCCGUUAUUAACGAUUGUUAAAUAAAGGAUAAGAACUGAAAA